UCGUUCCAGCAAAAAUGGCGGACGAUAUUUCUAUAAAAUAAUACAUUAUUAAAAUUUUGCUUAAUUGACGGUAUUAUACUGUUAAAUAAUAUACAGUGCAAUCGUCAUUCAGCUGUUAAUUUAAUUUUUCCCAUAAAAAUGUUUCACUUCAAGAUAGUCAGAAAAUUUCUUGUGCCUGGAGCAUCAUGUGCAGGAGCAGUAUUUUCUGCAGUUACACUUACUGCAGCAGAAGAGAAGGCUUCUUGUGGUAUUAGCAAGACACUUGAAGAUGUCUCAAAGACAGAAUCAUGCAAACAUUGCCAUGCAUCUCAUAAGCUGCGCCCUAGCGAGCUGCCUUUUUAUGGAGGUGAACAAGGCAGGGCAGGAAGGGUGAAGAAAACAGUGGAGGAGCCUUCAGGGCUUGAGCAUAUGAUUGGUGCUGUCCGUAAGGAGCUGUGGGUCUUUUAUGAUCAAUACAAAGGCUAUCAGCAGAAGGUCCUUGAAGUUGUGGAGACUGGAAAGGCUCAUUCACAGUCUACUCUGAGCUUCCUACAAGAAGAAGCCACUACUGUCCAUCGAGCAGGUGCCAUUGGAUUAGGUGGCUUAGGAGGUUUAGUAUUGGGUUUACGCAGUGGUUGGUUCAAACGUCUAAUUUAUGGAACAGCUGGUGCAGCAGCAAUGGCAGCACUGUGCUACCCUCGAGAAUCAGCAGAAAUUGCUGAUCAGUCCGUACAAAUAACCAAAUAUUAUUUCACCAUUGCAUACAACUUCAUCUAUGGAGUGAAGCCUGAUGGCUUCAAGUUUCUUACAUCACCAUCUGUACAUAGUGAUAAACCUUCAACCAAGGGUUCUACUACACCUGUUCCAGAUAAGACUUCCUUGCCAGUACAUAAACAAGAAACAUCAUCUACUCCACAGGUAGGAAGGGAUCAGUCCAAUCCAGCUGACAAAAACCUCUACAGCAAUCAAAGAUAAAAUUAUAAUUUUCAGAAAUCACUAGUAAUAAGUAGUACAAAUUAUAAAAUAUUCAUUUUCCUAUCACCAUUAUCUAACCUGGAAAAUGUUAAUAUUAACGGCAUUGCAUUAUGAUGAUCUCUCCAUCUUAACAUCCCAUCUGUAACCUGUGCAUGCAUUCUGCACAUGAAUUAAAAUACAUUUUAAAAAGUUAUACAAUUUAAAUGAUAAUCAACAUGUUAUGAGCUAAUUUAUUGUGUAUUGUAGGAAAUGAACAUAAAUAAAACUUCAUAAUAAUUUUGUUUGAAAA